ACUAUCCCUCUCUUAAACCAUUGUUAGACAUUUUCCCAAAAAAAAACAAAAAAAAAAAAGAUCAUCAUGGCCACCAAUUUCCAACAGGCAUUGGUUCCUCACCCUGCCAAGAGAGACCCGAUGCAAAGAAGGUUCAACCAAUCUGAUGACAACAUGCUGGUGAAGCAGAUCCGCGAGACUCAUAACGCGGAGAGUCACUACCUCGUCGACGUCAGACCUGUUCUCCAUGUCAUUGAGGACAUUUUGCGCAGGGCUGCUCCUGGCAUCGAUGGUAUCAUAAAUGGCACACAUGACGCAUUAUUGGAUGACAAAGCCGUUGUGGCUACUUUUGAUGACAUGUUGGAUGGACUGUGUCAAAUUAUUCAUAAGAUUUCCUGCGAGAUGUUUUGCAAGUGCUCAGGAGGAGAUCUGCAUGGAUCAACUCUGGCUUUAUUCAAGAUGCUUUCAAACUAUCCAUGGGAAGCAAAAGUGGUCCUAACCUUGGCUGGUUUCUCCACCACUUAUGGCGAGUUCUGGCUUGUGGCUCAGCUCUGCACAACAACUCCACUGGCCAAGGCUGUGGCCCACCUGAAGCAAGUCUCGGACAUCUUAGAGAAUUCCCAAGCACUGAAGCCUCAACUCGAAGCAAUCAACAAGCUCCUCAACGCCGUUGUCAACGUGACAAAACGAAUCAUCGAGUUCAAUGAGCUACCAACAGAGUACCUUCCACAUGACUCGCCACAAGUAGCAGUUGUAAGGGCUCAUAUUCCUUCUGCAGCCUAUUGGACGAUUCGGAGCGUAGUCGCUUGUGCCUGGCAGGUUGCUAGCUUCACGGAUAUUAGAUACGAGCACAUGUCAUCAACCUCGGAGAUAUGGGAAUUGUCAAGCUCGGCUCAUAAGCUGAAAAAUAUUCAUGAUCUCCUUGCUGCAGAACUUGACGGUUGCCGUAAAUUUAUAGAGGAAAGGAGAUAUGAAGAGGAAUACAGGAACCUCAUACGCCUUCUUGAGAUCGCCCAUCUGGACAACAUGAAGGUUCUCAAGGCUUUGAUUUCCACUAGGGAUGAUCAGCCCCUCGUGUUCGGUAACCCGAAAGCAAGGGUUAGCAUUGACGGCUUAAGGAGAAAGCAUGUGCUGCUUCUGAUCUCUGAUCUUGAUCUAUCGCACGAAGAGAUUGCAAUUCUUUACAGCACGUAUGAUAUGAGGCUGAAGCACGAUGGGAUGUACGAUGUUCACGUGAAAGGUGCUUCAUACGAGCUGGUGUGGAUCCCAAUUGUGGAUAGGAUAGUGAGUUGGGAUGAAGGUCACCAAAAGAAAUUCUCGGAUCUGCUAACAUUGAUGCCAUGGCACAGCGUGCACAGCCCUCAGAUAAUCGAGCCUCCGGUUGUUAAAUACAUCAGAGAGAAGUGGAAUUUCGACAAGAAAUUGAUCCUAGUGUCAUUGGACCCACAAGGAAAGGUGUCCUCCAGAAAUGCCGCGCACAUGAUGUGGAUCUGGGGCAACGCGGCCUUCCCAUUCAGUGAUGGGAAAGAGGAAGCAUUGUGGGAUGCAGAGAGUUGGACUCUGAAGCUUCUUGUUGAUGGCAUUGAUGCUGAAAUACUUCAAUGGAUUGCGCAAGGGAAAUACAUAUGCCUGUACGGAGGCGACGACAUUAAUUGGAUCAGAGAAUUCACCAGCAGAGCAAAGGUAGUGGCACAGGCUCUCGGCAUCCAGUUGGAGAUGAUCUACGUCGGGAAGAGCAACGUGCCAAAAGAGCGGCUGCGGAAAAUUAACUCCACCAUUGAAACCGAAGGCCUCAGCCAGAUCUGGCCCGAGAUGACAUCCAUCUGGUUCUUCUGGUCCAGGCUCGAAAGCAUGAGGUGCUCGAAAGCACGGUACGGGAAGACCAUAGAGGCCGACCCGGUGCUUAAGGAGAUCAUGACCCUGCUCAGCUACGACGGCAGCGACCAGGGCUGGGUCUCGGUCUGGCGUGGCCAGUCGGAGAUGGCCCGAGCCAAUGGCCAGCUGGCGCUCCAGACCCUGAAAGAGUUUCAGCAAUGGGAGACUCAGGCUAAGCAGAUGGGAUUGAUCCCGGCAUACGAUGAGGAGCUGAAGAAGCGCCACUCGCCGCAGCAUUGCACCCGCCUGAUCCUUCCGGGGCUCGGGCAGGACAUCCCGCAGAAGGUGGUCUGCACGGAGUGUGGGCGGGAGAUGGAGAAGUUCUUCAUGUUCCGCUGCUGCACCGAUUGAUAAAGAGUUUGUGUGGUUGUAUGAGUAUGCGUCUACUUUUUUAGUCUGAUGUAUUAUGUUUGGUUUGUGAUGUUUGUUGUUCUCAUAUUUCCUUCUAAGCUUUAUAGGUUUGCCAUUGUAAUACUAAGAAGAUGUUUGGUGUAAAAUGUGUUGUGACUCUAGCUAUUGAGUCUGUGCUACUUCUACGUUUGGUGUCUAAGAUAGUACAAGAAUAGUACCUUUA